AUGAAUGUGGUGGAGGCUUCACUGAAGCAAGCACUAAAAAGUGUUCCAAACGAGUCAUUUUAUUACACAAAUGCCUCUAAUUUCGAGUUUUUGAACACUUAUACAGGCGUCGAGGAUUGCAGCAUGAAAGUGCUUGACCAAAUGUUCACUGACAUCGAGAUCUUGAGAUCCGAGAAGAAGACUAGAAUCACCAAGAUCAGUUUUUGCGGCUAUUCUUUCGGGGGAUUGAUUGCACGUUAUUGUAUUGGAAAACUGGAGGAAAUUGGGUUCUUUGAUGAGGUCAAACCGGUUUAUUUCACCACGUUUGCGACUCCACACUUGGGCGUGAGGUUUUUCAAAGACUCGCUCUUCAACAAGAGCUUGAAUUUCUUGGGCUCCCGGUGUUUUGGAAAGUCUGGGUCUGAGUUGUUUUUGCACUAUUCUGACAUGCUCUUGGACUUGACAAGACCUGAAAGCUCGUACAUGAAAGGCCUUGGACUGUUCAAGAUGAGAAUCCUGCUAGUAAACACCCAAAACGACCGCAGCGUGGCUUUCUACACUGGGUUCAUCACGAAUUACUCACCAUUUGAAGACACUGAGCCUGCGAAACUGGAAUUUCUUGACAAUAUUCCGGGCCUGAAAAUUUGGGGUCAGAUGGUGAAACCAAGAAUCUUGAACUUGGAACAAUCCUCCAGAGGAACGCUGGCUACGACUGGUGAUGAAACUGGCAGACGCAUGGUGCUGCCCGUGCUUCUGAUCUUACCAAUUCUUGUGCCAUUGACGUUGAUUUUGACCGUCACGGGAACAGUUUACGCAUACAUAUUCCUGCUGUUUAGAAGGAAGAUAGAUAUUGCAGCCCGGUGGGCCAAACUCACGAAGUACGUCUACCAUGGAGGCAGGAUGGCGACGAGUGAACAGAAUGCCAUAGAAGAGGGAAAGAAUCUUUCCACUAGACAUAUCGGCGACAGGGCCAUGGCAGAAUUGACCCAGGACGCAGUCGAAGCGGUUUUGGACGUGGAUGGGAAGGUUCAGCAAGAGUCAGAGGAGGGUCUAAGCUCACGCUCAAAAACCCCAUCCUCAGAACAAUCUGAUGAUUCUUCGGGAUUAAACUCCCGUUUCGAAAUACUGGACGAGUUUGAGUCCGAUGCCAGCUACGAUUUUGAAUCUGCCUCAUCGAAAGUGCGCGAUGUUUUCUCUAGUUUCAAGAACUUAGAUUUGCAGGCUUCCUCAUUGGUUACGGGAAUACAACCACUUCCAUUCGAUAGCAAAAGAAUGCAAAUGAUGCAUAACCUGAAUUCGUUAGAUUGGUACAAGAUUCCAGUUAGCCUCAACAACUUCAACGCGCAUGGCGCCAUUGUGGCCAGAAGGAACGAACCAAGAGGCAUCGCUACAACUUUGUUCUGGGCCAGCGUGAUCAGAAGUGAUAUUAUGGGGAGCUUGGAAGAAUAA